AAAAAAAUCUACGAUUUAAUUCUUGGACUUUGUCAGUCAAAAACUCCAUUACAUUUUUCGUUUCACUCACACUGUCACACACGCCAAUUCAAAAUUGAAAUUUCGUAUUAUCUCUCUCCUCUUCCUCGUGCUCGAAUUGCAGAAGCUCGUUCCAGUAUCUUUUGAUAUGGGUAGUGAUACUGAGAAGGAAUACGCUGCCUUUGAGGCAAAGGUAAAGCGGACGGUGUACCUUGACAAUGUCUCACCCCAGGUUAACGAUACUGUCAUCAAGACUGCUUUUGAGCAAUAUGGUACUGUGACCAAAAUUCAUUUUAUCCAGAACUACAUAGAGCAGUCCUACAAUGGGAAGUGUGUCCUUGUGGAGUUGGAGAAUGAAAAGCAAGCAGAAGGGAUUCUUGAGGUGCUGUCUUCUUAUCCAUUCAUGAUGUCAGGAAUGCCACGGCCAGUGAGGGCCCGUCAUGCAGAGCCAGAAAUGUUUGAUGAUCGCCCAUCUAAGCCUGGUAAAAAAAUAGAAUUGGUUUGGUUAAAACCAAAUAAUCCUGAUUUUGAGGUGGCUCAGAAGUUGAAGAACCUGACAAAGAAACAUGCUGCUGAGCAGUCCUUCCUACAAAAGAAGCAGCUAGAAGAGGAAGAGAAGCUCUCAAAGCAGCAAGCGGAGGCCUUAAAAGGGCAUUACCAGAAGUUCGAGAUGAUGGAUUCUACAUUAGGUGAUGGCACCUCAAAGCGACUAGCUAAGUACUAUGGGGUAAAUCUCACUGAUGACAAAGGAAUAUGACUUGUUUUUUCUAUAGUAAUGUAUGUAAUUUUGAAGCUUUGUGACUGGAUGUGUUUCUGCUUAAAAAGAAACUUCCAAUCUCGUAGAUAGAGAAUUAGAGAUAGUCUAGGUGCAACUUUAUGGAACUUUGAUUUCAAUCAUGGUUACCUGAGUAGCA